GUUCAGUACACGCGUAGCGCUCAAUCCGUUUGGACGGUAGUGAGAAAUAAGCUCGGAAGACGGCAAAACAUAAUACAUAGUAUUUGUAAUAUAAUAAUAAUAACAAACGUUACAACGACCCCAAACGCGAUUAUUUAAUUGCUGACACAAAGGAAUCACAUUGCAAAAAAAAUAAUAAUUUAAAAAAAAUACAAAUUUAAAUAAAGGAAUUAAAUAAUUAUUGUUUUAAUAAGGACCGCACAAGCGGAAAAUUGAUUGUUUUAAUUAAAAACGCCUUAUUUUCUAACAAAAGUUGAAAUAACUAAAAAAUAGAAAAGUGUAAGCUAAAAAAUAAAUCAUUUUUUUUUGAGAAAUAUUAUCAGCGCAACUCAAAGUUAUCACAAUGCCAUCGGAAAAAUCAAUUUACAAUCCGAAUCCGGCCAUUAGCCGUGAUGCCUACAUAUCCAGCAUGGCUGAGUAUAGAAAAUUCUAUGAGGAAUCAUUGGAGAAUCCAGAGGAGUUCUGGAUGCGCGUAGCCAAACAAUUCCAUUGGGAAACACCAGCCGAUCCAAAAAAGUUCCUGCAAUACAAUUUUAAUAUAAGCAAAGGACCAAUUUCCAUUAAAUGGAUGGAAGGUGCUUCCACAAACAUUUGCUAUAAUCUUUUAGAUCGCAAUGUACGCAACGGGCUGGGCGACACUAUAGCCUAUUACUGGGAAGGCAAUCAUCCCGACGACUAUUCUCGUGGUCUCACCUAUCGUAAAUUGCUGGAAGAAGUCUGUCGCUUCGCCAACGUACUUAAGGAUCAUGGCGUCAAGAAAGGUGAUCGUGUCUCCAUCUAUAUGCCGAUGAUACUUGAACUGCCGAUCGCCAUGUUGGCUUGUGCCCGCAUCGGUGCUGUACAUUCCAUUGUUUUCGCCGGCUUCUCAUCCGAUUCGUUGGCGGAACGUAUGUUCGAUUGUCAGGCAAAGGUGUUGAUCACCGCUGAUGGUGCUUGGCGUGGCGAGAAACCAUUGUACCUGAAGGCACUCUGUGAUGUGGCUUUGGAAAAGGCCGAAGAGAUGGGUCACACGGUGGAAAAGUGUAUUGUGGUGUCACAUUUGAAACGUGUAACAGCCUGUGCUGAGGAUCAUGUCGAACAGGAUAUACCGUGGACGGAAGAUCGUGAUUUCUGGUGGCAUGAGGAGAUGGAAGACAAGGAGCCAGCCUGUUACCCCGAAUGGAUGGAGGCCGAAGAUCCACUUUUCAUGUUGUAUACAAGUGGUUCCACCGGCAAGCCAAAAGGUGUUUUGCAUACUACAGCGGGUUAUUUGUUGUAUGCGGCUACAACAUUCAAAAUUGUCUUCGACUAUAAGCCAGGUGAUAUUUUUUGGUGCACAGCUGAUAUUGGCUGGAUCACCGGACACACGUAUGUGGUGUACGGACCAUUGGCUAAUGGCGCUACUUCGGUGAUGUUCGAGGGUACACCCUUCUAUCCGGAUAAUGAUCGUUUUUGGGCAGUGAUCGACAAAUACAAGGUGACACAAUUCUACACCGCACCUACAGCUAUACGUGCGUUGAUGAAGUUUGGCGAAGCACCGGUUUUGAAGCACAAUCUAAACGGUUUGAAGGUACUAGGCAGCGUGGGUGAGCCCAUCAAUCCAGAAGCUUGGCUGUGGUUCUAUCGUUAUAUUGGCAAAGAGAAAUGCUCGAUUGUUGACACAUUCUGGCAGACAGAGACUGGUGGUCACGUGAUCACACCCAUUCCCGGCGCUACGCCGAUGAAACCGGGCUCGGCGUCAUUCCCAUUCUUUGGCGUUAAGCCUACGCUACUCGAUGAGAGUGGUGUUGAGGUCAAGGGCGAAGGUGAAGGUUACCUAGUAUUCUCACAACCAUGGCCGGGUAUGAUGCGCACUUUGUUUGGCAAUCAUGAACGUUUUGAGAGCACAUACUUCUCCAAAUUUCCUGGCUUCUACUGCACUGGAGAUGGUGCCCGCCGCGACGCCGACGGUUACCUCUGGAUCACCGGACGUGUCGAUGACAUGCUUAACGUUUCUGGACAUCUUAUGUCCACUGCCGAAGUGGAAUCAGUGCUUACCGAACAUCAUCGUGUAGCCGAAGCUGCAGUCGUCUCGCGACCACACGCAGUAAAGGGUGAAUGCCUCUAUUGCUUCAUAACGCCCAAUGAGAAUGAAACAUUCGACGCCAAACUGGUUUCGGAAUUGAAGAAAUUGGUGCGUGAACGCAUCGGACCAUUCGCUAUGCCCGAUGUGGUACAACAUGCACCCGGUUUGCCCAAAACACGCUCCGGCAAGAUAAUGCGUCGUGUGUUGCGCAAAGUAGCGCUGAACGAUCGCAAUGUUGGCGACAUCUCAACGCUGGCCGAUGAGAGUGUCGUGGAUCAAUUGUUCAAGAACCGACCGGCGGAAAAGUAAAUAACAGUAAAGCAAGGAAUGUACAACUGCGACAUGCAUGCAGACAAAAGUAGGUAGGGUGGAGCAAGUUUGUAUGGAAAAAGAGAAUGUAAAAAUUGUAGAAAUAAUUUGUAAAAAGUAGGAAAAGGAAGAGACGGCGACGGCGACGAUGUGCAACGAUACAGUUAGUGGGUAGCGAAUUGGUACUAGGCAAUUAAAAAUAUGCUUGACAAAGCAAGUGCUUAAGAUUUGAGACAAAAAUUCAAAAAACAAACACAGUGAGCGUUGAAAACGCUCCACAACACUUCAAUACAAACCAACUUUUUCUUGCUGUUUUUUGGAGAAAAAAAAUAAUUUUUGCCAAUUUUGAUUUUUUGUGUAUAGUGCAAGCUUACUCGUAUUAUACAAAUGUACAUCCAUAAAUAUGUAUGAAAUAUGAACUCUCUAAAGAUUUUAAGUGCGUAAGUAAAUAAGUUUUCUUUAAGUUUUAAAUUUCAUAGCACAAGUGUUGAUUGCUAGGUUUCCAAUAUUUUGAAAAUUUUGGGCGCAUAGUGAGAGGUGAUUAAUUCUUUUUUUUUUAAUUUCAACAAGAAAUUCAACUGAGACAGACACUUUUUAUAAAAAUGUUCAUAGAAAACGGAAUAUUCAGAAUUAUGAGCUGAAUUAAUUUAGCUGAAGAGGGGUAACGCUUUGAAAAUUGAAUGCUAGCCACGCCCACAUUGCAGAGAAUGUUGUGCAAAACAAAAUAUUCGAGAGAAACUAUUUUCAAAACAUUGUUAAAAACAAAGUGUUCGAGAGAAAUAUUUUUCAAAAAAUAAAUUCAAAACAAUUUUCAAAAACAAAAAAUUAAAACAAUGUUCGAGAAUAUAUAUUCGAAAGAUUUUUCAAAAAAAAAAAUUUUCAAAACAAUGUUCGAAAAAAAAUAUUCGAAAGAAACAAAUGUGAAAAAAAAAUUCUAAAAGAAACAAAUGUGAAAAAAAAUUCUAAAACAAUGUUCGAAAAAAAAUAUUCGAAAGAAACAAUUAUGAAAAAAAAAUUUCAAAACAAUGUUCGAAAAAAUAUAUAUUCGAGAGAAACAUUUUCCAAGAAAAUAUAUUCGACACAUUUAAAAAAAAAAAUAUUCGAAAGGAAUUUUUUUUUUUUGUU